GUGUAUUGCUGCACGUGGAGUCGGUAUGACGGAGAUGUUAGAGCAUUUUUGUAAAGAAUUAUUUUUCCCGUUUGAUUCGUAUUUAGUUUAGCGACAUACGCGAAACUGUGCAUGUGGUGAGAGCGCAUGCGCUGUUUCAAUAAUUUCCGAAACCAUCUGAUCAAUAGAAUUAUGUCAAAAGAAGCAAAAUUAGAACCUGCGAUGGGGAUGCUGUGGUGCUGGAUGUAAACGAAACAGUGUAAAGUUCGCAUCUUAAUUCCAUCGUUUGGUAUUGUUUCCCUUCGAUUGCAUUCAAUCGAAUGCGAAUAGUGUGAUCAUCGGCAGUAUCCUGUGCAAUGGAUGAGAAGCGGAAAACGAUCUGCGUUUUGUUGUUGGUUGCAUCGUUAGCCCAUGGCAAGGAAACUACCUACAUCACGGACGAUGUGUCCGUGUCGGAGCUGUUUUCUCUGCGUGUGGAGCCGCGCAUGUUUAACUGGACGUACGAAGGGUUGAACGAGCAGUUUCUGUACCGCUCUUCGCUGGAAGGGUAUCCGGAUCUUCCGUCCUGGGUGCGCUAUAUGUACAGCCCGGAAUACCAUUCCGGAUUCCUGUACGGAACACCGCCGCUCCGGACGGCCGACACGCGCGUACCGAUCGAAAUCAUCGCCCUGAACCGGCUGACAUACGAAACGAAGCGACUUGUGCUGAUACUGGCCGUCCACCGCAAGCAACCGGCAAAGCACAUCAUCCAGAUGAAGAUUGACAAUCUGAACUGGGUCCACAUGAUGGAUCCGGGUCGCAUCGAGAACCUGAAAAACAUUUUCCGCAACGAUCUGUGGCCCGAAAGUCGGGCCGAUCUGCAUGUCAUCUUUAUGGAUUCUGCCGUCAAACUGGGAGCCCGUUUGCCCUUGCGACCCCAACAACGGGAGGGUGUGGUGGUGCAUCUUGGCAGCAGCGCCGAGUUUUCGGCACGGAUGCUGGAACUGCAGGAGGAAGUGAAACCACUGUACAAGAUAUCUUCCUGCACGUACAAACGCACCUCGGUGCAGACGACGUUCGAAAAUUCGGGAUUCAAGCUGGAUUGGUGUGCCUUCCGACUGGUCACCACGGAGGACGACAUUACAGCGUUGCCACAUCAUCCGAACGAAAGCCACAAACAUGCCAGCGGUCGGAAAGACCAUCAGCACUUGCUACCCCACUUCCCGGACAAGUGGGACGCUCCGCUGAAGUCAGAAGUGCCAGAACGGAACUACAGCGACGAGAUUGCCAUAUCGUUCGCCAUUCCGGGGAUGAUGUUCGCCCUCCUGCUUUGCGGCCUGACCAUCAUUCUUUGCUUCCAGCAUGAAAAACUACAUGACGACGAUUCAGAGUAUUAUUUCAAUUAUGUUUUCUACAUAUGCACUGACUUCCUUAGAAUGCAAAAAUCAUCCCGCACCGAAUACAGUCCAGCAGCGCCAAACGUUCAGAUGGUGCAGUACUCGCCAGAUGAUAUCAAGUCAACCAUCAAGCUGAAGAGUUUGCGGGAUGCACCGUUCGAUGAUAAUCAUUCCAUCAGUCCUACGGAGAGUUACUAUCGCGACGGAAGUCCUCAUAUCGGGAACAUGUACAUGCGUCCAAAGCCUCCACCUUACAAGCUAGCGGGCAAUGCUGCAGCGAACUCGUCGCCACCAUUGAAGCGCAACGGCCACUUCGAGAUAUGACAAACGGAGCCACGCAUUUUGUUCUGCUAAUUGAUUCCGGCAUCAGUCACCUAAUCCAGCGACCAUUAGCAUGGACAAUAGGGUGAAAACAGGUGUACGAGGGCUCCUGUGUGGUGGGGGGGAAGGCAAAGGUUUGUGCGAAAGAAUCUCGGUACACCUUCGAUGGCUACUUGAUUUUCGAAUUAGGCAAACCAAAGAGCGAUGACGAUACCUAACAUAUAUCAUAUCGAAUAGUGUCUAGAAUUGUGUUAAUUGUACUAACUACAACUACUGUAAAACGCUAAUAAAAUAAUACAUUUCUGUUAGUACUAUUAGUCGAUAAAAAUGUCGUUUUCUUGUAGUUGAAAAUAAUAAAGAAACAAUAAAAUGUAA